AUGUCUAAUGCACUUCGACCGUAUCUCGCUGCGGUCCGAUCCACCCUGACUGCUGCGAUGACAUUGGAGAAUUUCGCAUCGCAGGUUGUAGAAAGGCACAACAAGCCGGAAGUUGAGGCGCAGACAUCCCGCGAAGUUCUAUUGACGCCCCUUGUCAUAUCGCGUAAUGAGAAUGAGAGAGUGCUCAUCGAACCAUCAGUCAACUCAAUACGACUGAGUAUAAGGAUCAAGCAAGCAGAUGAAAUUGAAAAGAUCCUUUGCCACAAGUUCACCCGGUUCAUGACUAUGCGAGCCGAAAGUUUCAUCAUUUUACGAAGAAAGCCGGUGACUGGCUACGAUAUAUCGUUCCUCAUUACUAAUUUUCACUCCGAGACGAUGCUGAAGCACAAGCUUGUGGAUUUCAUUAUCCAAUUUAUGGAGGAGGUGGACAAGGAAAUUAGCGAAAUGAAGCUUAGUCUAAAUUCUCGUGCUCGCAUAGUUGCAGAAUCAUAUCUUAUUCAGGUCUGGGCCUCCAUUUUAUUUGACUGAACCCCUACACUGACCGAAUCCCGACUAGUUCGGCUGAAGCGCCAAUUUCUUGUAAGCUUACCGUCAAAUCUAAUACCUAUAUUGGA